AGCCUUUCGGGUUGGUUCGGGGCGAGGGUAACACGUCGACAGAGAGCACUGCGGAAAAAGUAAAGUGUGAAGGGAAAAGGAGAAGGAAACACAAAGUGACACGAAGAAGGGAAAAUAAAGGGUGAGCAUACGAGGAGAAAGUGAAAGAAAAGCGAAAAGAAGACAGGAACGAGAGAGAGAUACAAAUAAGAAGAACUAGAAGAGAAGAGGUUAGGAAGUCCGAAGCGCGGCAAACAAAGUAAGGUAGGGAAACGAGAGAUGGCGACAAACAGAGGAAGACCAAGAGUAAAGCGGGAGAUAAGGCAGAUUUUAAAAAUACACUGGAUAAAUACAGCUUGUCAGAAAAAGAAACAACAAACAGGGAGAGAGGAAUGGAGGUAAUGAUGGAACAAAUGGAGAAAAUGGAAAGAGGAUUCGAGGCAAUGAUAAAGGAAAUAAAAAGUAUAAGACUUAUAGAAUAGUUGCUUAUAAUACUAGUUCAAGAAAUUAAUAUGAAUAACAUUAAACAUCUUGAUAUCAUAAUUUAUUGUUAUAAAACAAGUCAAUAUUUCGAAUAUUUUUUAUCUUUGUAUACAGUAUUUAAAAUAAGCAGUUUUUAUUAAAUGAAGCGUAUUGACAAACUUUUUUACAGGAUGUAAAAGAAGUGACAGCAAAAAGAAGUGCGGAAAGAGCAAAAGGAUUCAUCCAAGAAUGUGAUGCGUGAAGUACGCAUUCGUAAACUUUGUUUAAACAUCUGUGUCGGUGAAUCUGGUGAUAGAAUCAUUCGUGCUGCAAAGGUGUUGGAACAAUUAACUGGACAACAACCUGUUUUUUCUAAAGCAAGGUACACUGUGCGUUAUCGCCGUAAUGAAAAAAUUGCAGUAUAUCGUACGGUAGGAGGUGUUAAAGCAGAGGAAAUUCUUGAACAUGGAUUGAAGGUACGGGAAUAUGAAUUGAAAAAAGAACAUUUCUCUGGCACUGGAAACUUCGGUUUUGGUAUUCAAGAACACAUUGACUUAGGAAUUAAAUAUGACCCCAACAUUGGUAUUUAUGGCUUGGAUUUCUAUGUCGUACUUGGACCACCAGGUUAGUUUAUUACCAUUUGAUAUUCUAUAAUAAAUCAAUAUAUUAAAUAUAUGCACAUCUGGCAUAAUAGUUACUACUAUAUUCAAGUUGUAUCUAUAUUUAUACAAUAUGUGCUAGAAUAUAGGUUUCAUAUUUGCAACU